AAGAGUCCCAUGGGAAAAAGGGCAAGAAAUAAAUAGUCGGGGUUUAAUCCGCGUACGAAAGUGUCCUUUAUUGUUGAGCAAGAAGAUUCUUAAAAUCCAAAUCCCGACAACAAAAAGUGUAGUAGUGACCCAAACCCGUUUCGUUUCUCUGUCGGAUCUCUUCGCCCCUCUUUCUCAUCCAGGAAUUUCCAAAUUUGGGCGCAGUCUUUUCGCCUCAGCUUUUCAACCCUCGCAGCCUUCAAAUCCGUCUUUUCUCGCGGCGGUUUCAGAAUAAUAAUACUGGUCUGUUCAAAGGACUUGAAAGGAUCGGGACCUCUGUAUUUUGAAGCAAACCAGAUAUGCAGAGCCAGCUUGUGUGUAGUGGGUGUAGGAGCAUUCUUCUUUAUCCUGGCGGAGCCACAAAUGUUUGCUGUGCAUUAUGCAAUGCAAUUACCUCGGUCCCUCCUCCGGGGACAGAAAUGGCUCAACUUAUAUGUGGAGGUUGCAGGACAUUGCUAAUGUAUACACGUGGGGCAACAAGCGUGAGAUGCUCCUGCUGCCACACGGUGAACCUUGCACCAGUAUCCAGCCAGGUUGCCCAUGUCAAUUGUGGGAACUGCCGAACAACACUCAUGUAUCCAUAUGGAGCUCCAUCUGUUAAAUGUGCAGUCUGUCAAUAUGUUACUAAUGUUGGUAUUGCCAAUCCGAGGGUUCCAAUUCCUGUGCAUAGACCUAAUGGGUCUGGAGGACCCGCCACUUCAGCUUCUAUGCCUCAUUCUCAGAGCCAAACUGUUGUCGUUGAGAAUCCUAUGUCUGUUGACGAAAGUGGCAAAUUGGUGAGCAAUGUUGUUGUUGGGGUCACAACAGACAAAAAGUAAUCCAAUGAAAUACAAGAAGUAUUGUCGUUAUUUUUAUUUUGUAAGAAAAAACCAAAUCCAUAUUACGACGCGCCAUGGAAGAUGGAAGUGGAAAUUGUUUGUGUAUAUGUUGGGGAUUGCGAUGAUUGACAUUAAUCCAAUAUAAGGAUUUUGAGAUGUUUUACGCGACGACGCAUAUUAAGAGGAUACAAAGAGUGGAAAGGGCACUGUACAAGUAGUCAUUUAUGUGAUUUUCAUCUUAUACAUUCUUUGCUGCAUUUAGCUGAGUGAUAUGCUCAUAAGCUAUGUAUCUUCUUCAAAUGCAAAAUAAUGGAUAAAAUACUAUUUUUUUGUGGCUU